GCAUGCGGCGGAAAGGCGGGAGGCGGGAGCGCGCGCCUGGGUGACUGUUGUAGGCCUGGGUUAGCCAGAGCAGGAAGUGAACCUGCUAUGGCUCACAGGCCGAAAAGGACUUUCCGGCAGCGCCGAGCGGACUCUAGUGACAGCGACAGCACCCAGGAGCCGUUUGCUGAACCCGGCGCGCCGGGGGAGCAGGCAGACCUGGGCCCUGCGGAGGAAGGGCUGCAGUCUGGAGGAGGCCGCGCGGAAGCGGCGGAACUACCCCGCCGGGCCCGGGGUCGGGGCCGGGGCCGGGGCCGCGGCCGGGUCUGGGCCAGUUCCCGGCACGCCGCGAGAGCGGCUUCGCGUUUGGACGGAGGCUCGGACGUCCCAGAAUCCAGAGCGGUUGAUCUUUCAACAGACGAAGAGGAUGGAACACAUCGUUCUUCAGAAAGUAAAGAUGAUCAGAGUUCAUCUUCCAAUAGCUCUAGCUCUCUGGAAGAAGAGUUUACAUCACUAGUAAAUAUCCCUGAUGCAGCUUUUAUUCGGGCAGCCUACCGAAAACGUGAAUUGGCCAGGGCCCAAGAGGACUAUAUUUCUUUGGAUGUAAAACAUGCCUUCACCAUCUCUGGUAUGAAGAAAAACACUGAAUAUCCUGAGAGUGAGCCUGAUGAUCAUGAAAAUAUAAUACCAUUUACCCCAAAGCCUCAAACACUUAGACAAAAGAUGGCUGAAACAACAGCAACCAGAAAUGAAGAAACAAGUGAAGAUAGUGAAGAAGAUAAAAAAUAUCAAGAUAUUUGGGAACAGCAGCAGAUGAGAAGAGCAGUUAAAAUCACAAAGGGACGAGACAUAGAUCUUUCUCAUAGCAGUGAAUCUCAAACAGUGAAGAAGUUUGAUGCUUACAUUUCAUUUCCACCAGUAAAUUUAGAAAUUAUAAAGAAGCAACUAAAUACUAGAUUAACAUUACUACAGGAUACUCACCGCUCUCACCUGAGGGAAUAUGAAAAAUACCUACAAGAUGUCAAGAGCUCAAAGAGUACCAUCCAGAACCUAGAGAAUUCAUCAAAUCAAGUUCUAAAUUUUAAAUUCUAUAAAAGCAUGAAAGUUUAUGUGGAGAAUUUAAUUGACUGUCUUGAUAAAAAGAUUAUCAACAUCCAAGAAAUAGAAUCAGCCAUGCAUGCACUCCUUGUAAAACAAGCCAUGAUCUUUAUGAAACGCAGGCAAGAUGAAUUAAAACAUGAAUCAGCGUAUUUACAACAGUUAUCACACAAAGCUGAGACGUCAACAAAUAGAAGCUUGGCUAUAGAUGAAAAAACUCAAUGGAUUUUAGAAGAGAUUGAAUCUCGAAGGGCACAAAGAAGACAAGCAAGGGUUCUUUCUGGGAAUUGUACUCAUCAGGAAGGAACAUCUAGUGAUGAUGAACUAUCUUCAGCAGACAUGAUGGACUUCCAAAAAACCCAAGGUGACGUUUUACGGGAUCAUAAGAAGAUUUUUGAAGAUGUACACGAUGAUUUUUGUAAUAUCCAGAAUAUUUUAUUGAAAUUUCAACAAUGGCGAGAAAAGUUUCCUGAUUCUUAUUAUGAAGCUUUCAUUAGUUUAUGCAUUCCGAAGCUUUUAAAUCCCCUAAUACGAUUUCAGUUGAUUGAUUGGAAUCCUCUUAAGUUUGAUUCCAUAGGUUUAAAACAGAUGCCAUGGUUCACAUCUAUAGAAGAAUUUAUAGAUAGCAGUAUGGAAGAUUCAAAGAAGGAAGAUAGUUCUGAUAAGAAAAUCUUGUCUACUGUCAUCAGCAAAACAAUUAUUCCUCGACUUACAGACUUUGUAGAAUUCAUUUGGGAUCCCUUGUCAACCUCACAGACAACAAAUUUAAUAACACAGAGCAGAAUGAUUUUUGAAGAACAUUCCACUUGUGAAAAUGAAGUUAUUAGUAAAGGCAAACAGGAUUUACUUAAACCCAUUGUUUCAAGAAUGAAGAAGGCAAUAGAUGAUGAUGUUUUUAUUCCUCUAUAUCCAGAGAGUGCUGUAGAAAACAGAAUGUCACCACAUUCAAAGUUCCAAGAAAGACAGUUCUGGUCAGGUCUAAAGCUCUUCCGCAAUAUUCUUCUUUGGAAUGAACUCCUCCCAGAAGACACUUUGCAAGAGCUAGGACUAGGGAAGCUGCUGAAUCGUUAUCUUAUUAUAGCUCUUCUCAAUGCCAUACCUGGGCCAGAUGUUGUUAAAAAGUGCAACCAGAUAGCAGCAUGUUUACCAGAAAAAUGGUUCCAAAAUUCUGCCAUGAGAACAUCUAUUCCCCAGCUAGAAAACUUCAUCCAGUUUUUACUGCAGUCUGCACGUAAAUUAUCUACAAGUGAAAUCAGGGAUGAAGUCAAAGAAAUAAUUCUUAUUCUGGUGAAAAUAAAAGCUUUGAAUCAAGCAGAAUCCUUCAUAGAAGAAUAUCACCUAGACCAUCUUAAAUCAGUAAUUGAAGAAGUUUGAGUGAACUUUAUAGGAAAGUACUAAAAUGAGGUUUUAAUAUAGUCACACUUGGCUCUUUUGCUUGGAGAAAGAAGGAAAAAAAGAAAAAAUGUUGCCACUUCUUUAUUCCCAGUAAUGGAGGGGAGGAUUUGCAACACCCAAAAAGCAGGACUCUGUCUUUCCAUUCCUUCCACCUUCUACCUUCUGGUAUCAUGAAAGGCUGCCCCUUUUUUUUGCAGUGUUUGCAGGAAUUAGACACACAGGAACAAUAAGAGUUUAACAUAUUUCCAUUUCCAUUUGAUUUUUCCAUCGACUUUUCCAGCUUAAGAAAGGAGUUGAAGGAAGCUUGUUAUAGCUGUUUUGGCCUUGGAUGGUCUUCUGUCCUGAACCAUAAAAACCUCUUUUAGUUCUCUUCAUUUUAACUAUCUCUGUUUACAGAUGAGUUUAAAUGAAAAUCUUAAUCGGGAUGAAUUACUUGUUAAGUAUUCUGAUUAAGGCAUUUUAGGGCUUUUGAUAACUAAUGCUUGUCAAAUUGUUCUUCAGAAAUGUGUACCAAUGUAUUGUACCAACAGAAGUCUAAGAAAGGUCAAUGAAUCUCUACCAGCAAUAGGUAUUUUCUUUUUUUUAACUCACUUGCACUUAAUAGGUGAAAAAAAUCUUAUUUUAAUGAUUUGUUUUGGCUAUUAGAGAGUGACUACUUGUCUUUUGGCCAUUUGUAAUUCUUUUUGAAAUAUCUGUUCAUCUUUUUCUUA